AUGGUACCUAAGCCACCGUAUGUUGGGCAGAGGUUUGAUUCGUUUGAAGAUGCAAAGGAAUUCUACCUGACAUAUGCAAAGUUCCAUGGGUUUGCGGUCAACAGCGAAUACCAUAGGAAAAUUAAAGAAACUAACGAGUACAGCAGAUGUGAGAUGAGGUGCUACAAGGCACGAAGGAACAAGAAGGGUAAAGGUGUUGCGCAUGUCGUGCCGGAACGAAAGAGAGGUAUCAUUGUCAAGACGGAAUGCCCUGUCCGGUGUAAGCUGAAUGUAGAUGGAGCACGGUGGGUGGUCACUGAAUAUUUUGAUGAGCACAACCACAAACUCAUAAAGAAGUUUGACCUGGUAAAAUUUCUGACCGCCCACAGAGGAUUCACCCCACUCGAGAAGAAAUUCAUAAAGCUGCUACAUGAUUGUAACGUCGGUCCAUCAAGAAUGGUCCAGCUACUGUCUCUCAUCCACAGCAAAAAUGGGACUCUGAGUAGAAUGCCGUACAUACCAGCAGACGUCACAAACCUAAAGGCAAAGUACCGUAGGGAGAGCAGGUGGCACAUUAUAAAGAAGGCUGAGGAGACGCUAGGACCGUUCUUUGCUGACCGUCCGGAUCUGCACGAGGCAUUCGAGUUGUGUGUGGACCAUAGCUUGACGGUGGAGGAGUUUGAACGGAGCUGGAUGGCUAUGAUUGAAACAUAUAAAGUCCAAGACAACGAGACGCUUGCUAGCCUGUGGCAGAAGCGAAUGUACUGGGUGCUGGCCUACUUCAUGCACUGCUUCUUCCCAUUUCUGCAGACUACGCAGCGCAGUGAGGGGUUCAAUGCUGUUCUGAAGCGGUACGUGAGCCCUGGCAACUCAUUGCUACAGUUUGCCAAGCAAUAUACGGCUUUGCAACAAAAAAUACUGGGAUCUGAGCUACAGCAAGAAGCAAACACCGCGCCAAAUCAGCCUAAAUUGCUAACAUAUUUAUCAAUGGAGAGGCAGAUGAGCAAGACAUAUACCAACAAGAUUUUUAACAAGUAA